UCUCAAAGGAUGGAAAAUUCCUCUACUACACACCUGGAAACACAAGUGUGGAUAGAAGAACUAAGGAGAAAAAAAAAACACUACAAAGUCCAAACAAAACCACUUUCCAAAUUGAACUCUUCUUUGCUUCAUUCACUUCUUCAAAAUGAAAUCAUAUAAAUAAUAUAAAGCCUUUCAUUUUGUGCUAAGAUCUUUGUUAUUCAUGAAAGUUUCUUUUGCUUAAAAAGGGUUCUCAAAUUCAUGGCUAUUAUUUCUCUUUAAGUCUUUCUCAGAUUUAGACCUUGUUUGGAUAAACAGCUUAUUUAAGUUCUAAUGGAAUAAGAGCUUAUCGCGUGAGAGCAUUCAUUGAUCAGAAGGCUUUGGAAGUUUAUGCAAAUUGCAACCCUUUUGCCAACAUUUGAUAGUGUUAUUGAUUCAUGGGAAGAAAAAGGUUAUUAUUUUGUAUACUGAAUUGCUGCAUUGUAAGAUGAUGGUUGUAGAUUUUCUUAGUUCUGGUCCUACCUCAACUGCAAUUUCUCAAAUCAUAGAAACUAUUGGUGAGUUUCUAUGCAGUGCUAAUGAUGUACUUGUGAAUAAAGAUAGUUUUAAGGAACUUAGUUCUUAUUUGGAAAGAAUUGCGCCGAUUUUGAAAGAAUUGAGGAAUGAAAAAGUGAGUGAUUCUGAGGCAUUCAACCGUGCCAUUGAUAUUAUGAAUCGCGAAACGAAAGCUGCAAAGCUACUUGCUCAGGAAUGUGGUAAGAAGAGCAGGGUUUAUUUGUUAAUGAAUUGUAGGUCGAUUGUAAAUCGGUUAGAAAAUCACACGAAGGAGCUAAGCAAGGCGCUUGGUCUUCUUCCUUUAUCAGCAUCAGGUCUUUCAGCCGGAAUAUUGGAAGAAAUAAAAAAGGUUUGUGAUAAUAUGGAGAAAGCUGGAUUUAAGGCUGCGGUAGCGGAAGAAGAGAUUUUAGAGAAAAUCGAGUCAGGAAUAAGGGAAAACAGUUUUGAUCGUAAGCAUGCAAAUAAUUUAAUAAAUCUCAUUGCUAAGGCUGUUGGAAUUACAAAUGAGAAGUCGACAAUGAAGGCUGAACUUGAAGAGUUUAAGAAAGAAAUCGAAAAUGCUCGUGUUGAUAAGAAAAAGGCUGAAGCUAUGCAAAUGGAUCAAAUCAUUGCUUUGUUGGAAAGAGCUGAUGCAGCCUCAUCACCGAACGAAAGGAAACUGAAAUACUUCGCGAAACGGCAAUCUUUAGGUACUCGAAUCUUGGAGCCUUUACAGUCAUUUUAUUGUUCUAUCACACAUGAUGUUAUGGUGGAACCUGUUGAAACUUCAUCAGAUCAAACAUUUGAGAGAAGUGCAAUAGAAAAGUGGUUUGAAGAAGGAAACAAGUUGUGUCCUUUGACAUUGAUUCCUUUAGAUACGUCGGUUUUGAGACCUAACAAAACAUUGAAACAAUCCAUAGAAGAAUGGAAAGAUAGAAAUACAAUGAUUACAAUUGCUACUUUGAAAGAAAAAAUACAUCAGUUUGGAGAUGAUGAUGAAGUGAUAAGUUGUCUAAAAACUCUUGAGGAUUUGUGUGAGCAGAGAGAGCAACACAGGGAAUGGAUGAUACUUGAGGACUACAUACAAGUUCUUAUACAAAUUCUUGGUUCGAGAAACCGCGAUAUAAGGAAUCGUGCUCUUGUCAUCCUUUGCGUUCUAGCAAAAGAUAAUGAAGAAGCUAAGGAAAGAAUUGUAACAGUUGAUAAUGCUAUUGAAUCGAUCGUCCAUUCUCUUGGACGACGUCAGGAGGAAAGGAAGUUAGCAGUUGCAUUACUGCUUGAAUUAUCCAAAUAUGAUUUGGCACGAGAACACAUUGGAAAAGUUCAAGGUUGCAUACUUCUACUGGUGACUAUGUCUAAUGGUGAUGACAAUCAAGCUGCUAGAGAUGCAACUGAAGUAUUGGAUAAUCUUUCAUACUCUGAUCAGAAUGUUAUACUGAUGGCAAAGGCAAACUAUUUCAAGCAUUUACUGCAACGUCUCUCCACAGGAGCAGAUGAUGUAAAGAUGAUUAUGGCCAAAACAUUAGCCGAAAUGGAAUUAACUGACCACAAUAAGGAGUCCUUAUUUGUUGGUGGUGUACUUGCUCCUCUUCUUCACUUGUUCUUGCAUAAUGAUCUUCAGGUGAAAACAGUGGCCACAAAAGCUCUUAAGAAUCUAUCGAGUUUAAAUAGAAAUGGACUUGAAAUGAUUCGACAAGGGGCCGUGCGACCGUUGCUCGAUCUCCUUUACCAUCAUAGCAUACACACAUCAAGUUUAUGGGAAGAUGUAGCAGCCAUUAUUAUGCAACUUGCUGCGUCAACUAUCUCUCAAGAUAUCCAAACACCGGUUUUGUUACUAGAUUCUGAUGAUGAUGUUUUUAACCUUUUCCCUUUAAUCAGUGUGACACAACCUGGCGUGCAACAAAACAUUAUUCAGACCUUUUAUGCCUUGUGUCAGUCACCUUCGUCUUCAAAUAUCAAGACGAAGCUAAAUGAGUGCUCGGCUAUACCAGAAUUGGUUAGGUUGUGUGAGAGUGAGAAUCUAAACCUAAGAGCAAGUGCUAUAAAGUUGUUUUCAUGCUUGGUAGAAAGUUGUGAUGAAUCCAUCAUAGUAGAGCAUGUUGAUCAGAAAUGCAUCAAUACUUUACUUCAGAUCCUACAAUCCUCAUCUGAUGACGAGGAAAUACUUUCUGCUAUGGGAAUAAUAUGCCAUCUUCCAGAAAUUGAUCAGAUAACUCAAUGGAUUCUAGAUGCUGGCGUACUUCCAAUCAUUUAUAAAUAUGUUCAAGACGGUAGAGACCGAGAUCUUCAAAGGAGUAACUUAGUCGAGAAAGCAGUCGGUGCCUUACGUCGUUUUACGGUUCCAACACACUUGGAGUGGCAAAAAAUUGUAGCUGAAACUGGUAUUAUAACUGUUUUAGUGCAGUUGCUUGAAAGUGGAUCAACCUUGACAAAACAAAGUGCAGCGUUAUGUCUUGCUGAAUUUUCUAAAAGCUCGGUUAGUCUCAGCAGACCGAUUCCGAAGCAAAAAGGACUACUAUGUUGUUUCUCAGCUCCAAGCGAAAUUGGCUGUAAAGUUCAUGGAGGAGUAUGCACUGUCAAGUCAUCAUUCUGUCUCUUAGCUGCUGAAGCAAUUGGACCACUCACAAGAAAUCUUGGAGAAUCUGAUUAUGGAGUUUGUGAGGCUUCUUUGGAUGCUUUAUUAACAUUGAUUGAAGGUGAAAAACUAGAGAGUGGUGGUAAAGUGCUUGCUAAAGCAAAUGCAAUACCAUUAAUAAUAAAAUUUCUUAGUUCUACUUCUCUUGGGUUGCAAGAAAAGUCUCUACAUGCUUUGGAAAGGAUUUUUCAGCUAGCAGAGUUCAAACAGUUAUAUGGAGCCUCAGCUCAAAUGCCUCUAGUUGACUUAACUCAGAGGAGUAAUGGUAGAGUUAGAUCCAUGUCAGCAAGAGUAUUGGCUCAUUUGAAUGUUCUUCAUGAUCAGUCUUCAUACUUUUAAGGAAAAAAUGUUGGUUCAAGUUCCUUUACUGUGCAGCUAAGCUAACCAUGUGGAAAAACCUUCUUUUAAGGCGUGUCAGACACCGAUAUGACAUUGACACUUGUGACUACACACAAUCACUUCUAUUUCAUCAAAUUAUUACCGAUGCUAUGUGUUGGUGUGGUCGUGUCUGUGUCAGAGCUUCAUAGAUUUUAACUUCACAACAGCUUGAUUUGGUUGCACACCUGAUAUGAUGUUCCUCAAUCUUGUGACCAAAAUGUCUGCAUUUGGCUUGCUCUCAUGAAGAAUCACUUUAGCUAGCUCUUGUUUGGUCUGUUGAUGUGUAUAUAUAAAGAUAGGAGCUCCAUUGGACAUGCAUUGAUUUUUUUCUUUGGGCCUGUUAGUUACCUCAUAUUGCUUGUACAUUUGAAGAUUGAUUGUAUUAAGAUGCUAUUUUUUUUUACUGUGGUGCUUAAGAAAGAAGGCCCUUUCUUGCACAAUUGUACUGUAUUCUUUGCUAUUGAACUCAUUGUGAUUCUUUCUCUUA